GAAGGCAGCGGCGGCACUGGGCUGUCCCGCUAGCGUCUGCCCGCCGCUGUGCCUAGGCCUCGGCGGGAGCUGCGUCCCGGGGAAGGGAGCUGUCCCCCUGGAGAAGGGAGCUGCUCCCUCGGGGAAGGGAGCUGCCCCUGCCGGUGGGGAGCGCCGUCGCCGAAGGAGUAGGAAGGGAAUUAAAAUGCUUUCUAUGGGGACUUCUGCUUCUGAUGUCAGGACUCUUUUGAAGACCUCGUUUGUUGCAUGGUUUAAAGGAAGAUGAUGUUGUUAGUGAAUUCUGAGCAUCCUUCGGGAGGCUGAUGACCCUUCUAUUGUUGGUGUAUGCUGUCAUGGACAACUUCAAAUGCUCUUUUUCAAAACACCACAGACAAUUAAUGCAACUUAUAAAAGACUCCUGAUUUUUGGCAUCUUCCUAAGUCCUAUCUAGAUGCCACCAGUGUUUCCCAUGUUAACAGUUCUGAGCAUGUUUUACUACAUGUGCCUUCGGCGCCGAGCUAGGACAGCAACGAGAGGAGAAAUGAACAGUCGGAGGGCUAUUGAAUCGAACACCCGAGCCUUACCUAUCAACGUUGAAAUAGUUCAGUAUGCCAAAGAAGUGUUGGAUUUCAGCUCUCACUAUGGCAGUGAAAACAGUAUGUCCUAUACCAUGUGGAAUUUAGCAGGGAUUCCCAACGUGUACCCUAGUUCUGGUGACUUUACCCAGACUGCUGUCUUUCGAACUUACGGGACCUGGUGGGAUCGUUGCCCGAGUGCUCGGCUGCCUUUCAAGAGGACACCAUCCACUUUCUGUAGCCAAGACUAUGUGGAACUUGCUUUUGAAGAACCAGUUUAUCCCACUGCAGUGCACAUUCUGGAAACCUAUCAUCCUGGGGCUGUAGUCAGGAUUUUGGCAUGCUCUGCAAAUCCUUACUCACAAAACCCACCAGCAGAAGUAAGAUGGGAAAUACUUUGGUCUGAGGCACCUACGAAGGUGAAUGGUCCUCAGGCUCGGCAGUUCACACCUUGUAUCAAACAGAUAAAUUUUCCCACAAACUUAAUCCGACUGGAAGUGAACAGCUCUCUCCUGGACUACUACACUGAAUUGGAUGCAGUGGUACUACAUGGUGUGAAAGAGAGGCCUGUGCUUUCACUUAAGACUUCAAUGAUUGAUAUGAAUGAUAUAGAUGAUGAUGAGGAUGAAGAAAAAUUUGCCUGUGGAAUGGACACCCUUAAUAAACAGUUCAGCAUUGUUACCCUCAGGGAAUGGCCAACUAAUGGAUAUUUUGAUAAACUGCCUUAUGAGCUCAUCCAGUUGAUUUUGAGUCACCUUACAGUACCAGACCUGUGUAGACUAGCACAAACUUGUAAACUACUGUAUCAACAUUGCUGUGACCCUCUACAGUACAUUCAUCUCAGUUUACAACCUUACUGGGCAAGGAUUAAUGACACAUCCCUGGAGUAUCUACAGUCUCGCUGCACGCUCAUCCAGUGGCUGAAUUUAUCUUGGACUGGAAACAGAGGAGCCAUCUCUGUUUCUGGAUUUAGCAGGUUCCUGAAAGUCUGUGGCUCUGAACUAGUACGCCUUGAGUUGUCUUGUGGCCAUUUCCUUAAUGAAACAUGCUUGGAGGUCAUCACUGAAAUGUGUCCAAAUCUUCAGGAAUUAAAUCUCUCAUCAUGUGAUAAAAUACCACCCCAGGCUUUCAACCACAUAGCAAAAGUGGGCAGCCUAAAGCGUCUCAUUCUCUACAGAACGAAAGUGGAGCAAACAGCCCUGCUCAGUAUUUUGAACUUCUGCUCGGAACUGCAGCACCUCAGCCUGGGCAGCUGCGUCAUGAUUGAAGACUAUGACCUCAUAGCAAGCAUGAUGGGAGCAAAAUGCAAAAAGCUUCGCAGUCUGGAUUUGUGGAGAUGCAAAAACAUAACUGAAAGCGGGAUUGCGGAAUUGGCUUCAGGCUGCCAGCUUUUGGAAGAACUUGAUCUUGGUUGGUGUCCUACGCUGCAGAGCAGUACGGGCUGCUUCACGAACCUUGCGCGCAAACUCCCGAAUUUGCAGAAGCUCUUUCUUACGGCCAACAGGUCUGUGUGUGACACAGACAUCGAGGAGCUCGCUGCCAACUGCACGCACUUACGGCAGCUGGAUAUAUUGGGAACGAGGAUGGUGAGCCCUGCAUCUUUAAGAAAAUUGCUGGAGUCUUGUAAAGAUCUUUCUUUACUCGAUGUGUCCUUCUGUUCACAGAUCGAUAAUAGAGUUGUGCUAGAACUGAAUGCCAGCUUUCCUAAUGUAUUCAUAAAAAAGAGUUUCACCCAGUGACUCCCUACAUAUGCUGCUGUGGAACUCGUUUGACAGAGUUGUUUUCCUGUAAAUUUGUGCUGAUUUUCUUUUUUAAGGAGAAUAUAAAUCUGCUAUAAAAUAGUAGAAACUAUUCAUUAUCUAUACAAAUUUGUAAAAUACAUUUAAAUGUAUUGUGUUUCUUAAAGUUGAUAUUGUAGGUAAGAAUUAUUUUACUCUGUUAAUUGGUGGCACUGCAUGUUUUUAAAUACUUGCCAGAUGUCUGGCUUUAAUGAGAAGUAAAUGAAUGUCUUCUUAAAUGUCCCUUCGUGGGUGUUAUACACAAUACACUAUGUUAAUAUCCAGGUGAAAGCAGAAGUUCAAUAUUUAUCAGUAAGGAAAAUAUGGGUGCUUCCUUUUCUUGUGUUUGUGUGUGUAUAUAUAAAUGUAUACAUAUGUAUUUGUAUAUACAUACACUGAUAUUGUAGCAUUCUAGUGUGGCCUGAAGCAUAAGAUUUUAUCAUCUGGCCUACAAUUAGUUACUUGAAAACCAGUUUAAGUGUGUAUAAGAACAGAUAGAAAAGGCACUUUGUCUUCUUUGAGUUUUGGCAAUGAAUUGUAUCUGAUACAGUUUUCUCACUUCCUUCACCUGAAAUAGAUGCAGUGAUGUUUUACAGUCCAGCAUAAGCAACACAACAGAUAAAUGCAAGAACCUGGACCACUUAAACUUAGAGAAGAAAUUAAAGAUAAAAGUGACAUCUGCUUCUUGCUAUUGAGACACAAAGUUUAAGCCAAGUAUUUAAUAUCAUAACUGGUAAUGUGUAGAAAACUCUCGGGUAGUUUUCUUUUUCAAAUUUCUGUCAUGGUCGAAACCUGAUUUGUGAAACGUCUGGUUAUUGUGCAGAGUACCAUGAAAAGUAGAACUUAGGGUAAUGUGUUAGCACCUGUCCUUUCACUGGCAUCAAAUCUACUGUCAGGUGUAAAAACAAGCAUCUUUGUUCAGUAAAACAGCAAUGAAAAUAUAAUGGUUUUGAAACAAGGGCAAUACGAUUUGAUGAUUUUAUCACCAGACUUUAGUACUGGAUUUUUUUUUGUUUAGGUUUUUGUUUUGUUUUUCCAAGAGGAGAGUAGCUCAAAGUACUAUUGCACUCUCUCUUUAAUACUGCCUAACCUCUGGAGAAGGAAAACUGUGUUGAUGGACAAUUUCUGGAAGUUUCUUCCUUUUGCACUUUCUUGGAUGAAGCUUUUCUCUUUUUUUUUUUUUUUCCUUGAAUACCACUGCUAGAUUAUGUUGCUCUGUACAACUUUGGUUUAGAAUUUUACCUUUUUAGCCAUUGUUGAUGCAUAUGGACCCUAAAAUGUAGGCUGUCUUUCAAUAUUGAUUCUGUUAUUCUUGUAUUGAUGGCACUUAUUACCUACUGAAAUAAGAAGAAAAAUACUUUGUCUGAGAGAAGUACAAUAUUGUACUGAAGAUCAGUGACAAAGAACACUUCAGUUCAUGCAGUAAAUAACCAACUGCUACUAGAGGACCGCUGCAAAUUGUUAAAAAUCUGACAAUCUCUGUGACUCCUGAAUGACUGCUUUGAACUCUUUGUGCUGGUGCCAAUACUUCAUAAACCAUACCAUGAAACAGAUACAGAACAUUUAUCUGAUUUUAUUGAAAGACCUAGUUCUUCAGAUUUUUAAAUUUUGCUGAAUCUCUGGGGAAUUCCAGAUCCAAAGAAGGGCAUGCACAGUUGGCUUUUUGAUUUUUUUUUUCCCUCCACACGGAUGGCUCUAUGGGAUUUCCAACUAGUUUAUGCCAUUCUAUUUUCUUUUCUUCUUUAGAAAUCUGGGCAUUGUCCGAGAACUUUAAAUUUAUUUACUUUUUCUUCCAUACUGAAAGAUGUCAGCUUUGGUAUGAUUUUCUGUGAGACCUCAUUUCUCUCAAUCAUGUUUGGGUUCAUUUGUUUUUCUGUGAACUUUUAACAUUUUUUGUCUAUAUUUUUCAUUGUAAUUAUUAAACAUUAUUAUUCUAGUUACAUGAGAACAGAGGUACAGAUAAUGGGAGUUUACAAUGAACAGAGUACAAAGCAAAUGUAUUUGUUAUAAAAUUUCACUUCUCAGGGGUUGUUCUGUGUUUAUCUCCUUUUUUUCUAUAGAGAUCUGUUUUGCUUGUUUUUCACUGUAAAUAGAAUGGGAUGUGGAUAAAGUGAUAGCCAUUGUGCCUUCAAACUGGUAAACUUGGUAGAUAAUAGAGCUUUUCUCAUCAAUGAAUCAAAUAAUUGUUUUUGUAAUCAUGUACGUGUAAAGAGUUUCAUAUUUGAAAUAUUGGUUGCUUUUUAUGGAGCAUAAAGGAAGUUUAAAUUGAAAUUUUGUUCAUACUGGAGGAUCUUUUCGUUAUGUUGCAUCAUCUGUUUGAAAAUUUUUUUUCCAGGGAUUCUCUAUUGUCACUUGGAAGAUAAAUGGAAGUUGACUUUUUAUUUGGAUUGAUAAAAUUUGGCUAUUAUCAACAUAAAAUGAAUUCAAAGAGCAAAGAAGUGAUUGGGAAUGACUUCCAUCUAUAGUUGUAGACUUCAACCUUCAGUCAGAGAGUAAGAAGCUCGUUUAGCUAUGGCCUUAUAAGUGCAAGAAGUCUUCCAGCAAAACAAAGUUAGACCAGACUUGACAUUUGUAAUAUUUGUAGGAUAAACAAAACAACCUGCUUUUAGAUCUUCCUUGUAUGUCACAGAGAAGCAAGAACAGGUCACUGUCUCUUUAGAUCUGCUAUCUUAUACUUGUGUCUAUUUAUUUAUAUAUAUGUAUGCAUAAAUUAUAUAUACACACACGUUUGUGUGUCUAUAUGAAUUCUUUUGGAUGUGUGUACACACAUAAAUAUAUAUGUAUAAAUCUCAAAGUUUUUCAUGUAAGAAUUACUUUUGUAAAGUGAGUGUAAUAGCAAAAGUUAUUUCAUAGCAGUUCUGCUUUCAACUAUUGCUUUACUCUACCUGGAGACUGAGUUAAUCUCCACUCAUGCAUCAGGAAAAGCCUGGGCAGAUGUGCUGAAUUUCCAGUGUUGCUUUGCCAAAGUGCCUUUUGGUUUGUCUGCUCGUGAAAGGUGUUUGUUACAGGGUAUGAAGAGUGAAUACAAAGUCCAUAUCUGUGGCUAUCAUAUCCAAAAAAGGGGUUUAUUCUGAACUGCUCCUGUUUUUAAACUAAAGGGGAUCUUCCAUACCCUCUGUAUAAAACUGAUGUGGGAUGGCCUGUAGGUAAAUAUGUAAUUUCUUGGGUAAUUUUAAAAACUAGUAUGAUAACUUUACCAUUUAAACCAUCUUAACUCUUCAAGGCUUUAAUUCAGUAGUGGACUUACUUGUAGUCAUAAUUUUGAGCUGUCUGGCUACAUAGCUCUAUAAAAUAGAUGGGGUUUCUGUUCUUUAAAUUGUACACCUGAUUAAGUCAUGCUCCAUUAGUGAGCAUGACUUAUAUAGAACAGUUUUGCAUGGGACCUUAUGAUCCUCCAUGUACUUGGAGGUCCAAGUUUCAGACAAAAAACCCAAAAACAACAACAAAACCUACCAAAACCUUUGUAUUUCCAUAGAGCUCUUAUGCUAAAUUUUCCAGAUACACAAUGUCCAGUAAUCAUGGUACACAGUGAAUAGAAUUCAUCUCACUGAAUGUUUGUUCUCUGAAAGUUAGGCAUCUACUUCAAGGGAGGAAUCUGGGCACCUCUGGAGAGUUAUUAAUCUCCUAAGGCAGACAUUUCAGGAAAGUAGAAUGAAUCAUGUUCUAGAGAGCCUCUCUGGAGACUGUGUAAGCUGUGAUUUAGCUCAGGUUAGAUACUAAACUGAGAUUAAUUCCAUCCAGUGCUGUACUACCUGUCUUGAAAAACAAGACUGAAACAGCAUCCAUCCUUAAACCUUCAAACCCUCCAAAUUCCAUCCCGAGAGAAGAAAAAAAAAAAUUAUGAGGAGGAAUUUUCUUAAUGCCAGGAUUUGCUUUUGCUCCUUGCUAAUACCUGUGGUAUCUAAUUUGUUUUAUUUUGUAAGUUUGGCUUUUGGGUUUGGGUUUUUUUUUGGAAAUGCAUCUUCUUUCCCUGUUCCAAAAUCUCAUGUACCUAACUGGCUGUAUGUAUAGUUCCAUAAAUGUGUGAAGUAAACAGACAAACAUAAUUAAUUUAUUGCCACUAUUUUGAUAAUAUUUCAUAUUGCUAUAAUUAAGACUGAGUAGUUUAACUGCUCUACUGUCAUCAGAAAUGUCACCCACUGUGCAUUUGCAAAAAUUGUGUGCUGAGUCCUGGUUCUUACUGUGUAUACUUAUUGCAUCUUAUGGGGUAUAUUUCCCAUGUCACAUCAGCAGGACUGCUAAAUUUACAAAAACUAAAUAAAAUGUAGCAUUUUAUUAUGAGGACUAUGGGAGUGACUUUAUAUAUAUGAUUUACAUGUUCAUUAUUGCUCUUUAACAGUGGUUCUGUAAGUUGUAGCUUUUGAAAUUACUAGACUAGAAAUCCCUGGUUUAAUGCAUCUGCACAUGCUGUGUCAAAUACAGUCAAUGUUUUUUUUCCCAAAUGAAGGCUUUAGUCCUUCACUGAGGUGAUGAUUUCUGUGAUUUUUAGAUAUCUGACUUGAUAAUGAAAUGCAAGAAGGUGCUCUUUAAUAAAUUUUACCAGCACAGGAUAAGUUGUGGUAACUGACAUUUGGAAGGGCUGAGAAAUAAGUGUUACAUGUUACAGAUUCUCAUGAGCUUCAGAGAAGGGCAUCAGCAGGAAGAGUCUCAUUAAGAAGACUCAGCCUCUGAGUAGGAGGCAAUGGUGAGAUUUUCCUUUUCAGCUAAUGGACUAAAUACUUUUGUUUGAGUUACAUAGCUCUGGUUUCUCCUUGUCUUGUUUUCAUUUAAGGAUGUAAAUGGCGCAGUUAUAGCUGAAGGGCAUCCAUUGUGAGGAAUGAAGUUUUUCUGUUGCAUGUUUUGUUCAACUUUUCUAAAAAUAAAAGAAUAAAAAUACCCUCAAAUAUUUGAGUAAUCUAUUCCUUAGAUUCUGAAGAAAUGCAAAUGUCACGAAGAUUGAGAAAGAAAAAAGGAUACUUAUCCAGAUUUAUCUGGAAACUCAUGGAAGGGUAGCCAGAGCUAUUUAUAGAUGUGAGGAAAGUAAGUGACUUGCUCUAGAUCAGCUGUUACUUUCCCAGAAACGUAGCUUUCUACAUACUAUCUCAUGCUUAUACUUCUAAAUCAAGAUUUACCAUUUGGAUGCUCUUAAUAUUGACCUUUCAUGUACAUGUUUGUGCAGUAAGUCAAAAUAUUUGUUUCAUUUUAUCAACUACAUAAAAAUAUUUUUUCUUUGCCUACCACUGUGAAAUCAUGUUUUUUGUUACUUAAUGAAACUAUUUCAUGCAUGUACACACAGGUGCAUGUAAGACUUACUUGCUCCAGUUUUUUGCAACUGGUCCUUUUCUGAGGACAAACUGCAGUUUGGGGGUAAAAAUGGUAAAGUCUCUAGGGAAGGUUCAAGGGAAAUCUGAUCAAUGUAUCAGAAUACCUGAUGGAGGGAAAGAAUGAAGAAGAGGGAGCCAGAUUCUUCUCAGCAAUGCCCAUGAACAGGACAAGAAGCAAUGUACACUGAAACACACAAGAUGACACAUUUUAUGGCACAGGUUGCCUAGAGAGCUUGUGGAGUGUCCAUCCUUGGAGAUACUCAUCAUCCUGGGCACUGACUGGCUGGCCCUACUUGAGCUGGUGGAGGCUGGACUAGGUGACCUCCAGAGGUCCCUUUCCAGCCUCAUCUGUCCUUUGUUCCAUGAUCCAAGAUACACCUGUGGUUGGUUUCUUUACUUCAUUGUACUGAUUGCUGAAGAAGGUGGGGAGAGGGGAGAAGAAAGAAUACCUGUCAAAGGAACUUGACAUGUUGAUAACAGACACAAGAACCUUGUACAUUUCCUUGUUUAAUUAUUUUAGGAGAAAUAACAUAUAUCUCCAUUUAAGUUAGCAGGAAAAUCUAGAUGCAACUUAACUGGAAUAAAAAUUUGGUAAUGUUUUCAACAUGCAGAUCUGUAAUGUACAUAGCACAUAACUGUUUUAUGGGAGUGUGAUUGUCACUCCAAAGCCUGAAAGUUGCACCAAGGACUAAGAAAAAUAGCCCUAUUCUUGGGCACUGGCAAUAGUUUCUGGGAAGAGACUGAGUUGUCUAUAAUACACUGGGAAUGGUUUAGUUUGUAUAUCUUUAGUAUUUGUUUACAUAGACCUUACACUGAAUUGGGAUUGCUAUGGUUUUUAGGUGACAGUUAUUCCUGCUUACUCUGUUGGAAACUGAGUAUAGCAGUUACCUACCUGUUCAUAGUGUCGAACACAAAUGUUUGAAUUCAGGUGAAGAAGAGGACCAAGUUUACAAAACAGAUGCCUGAGUGUUUUAGGGAGGUACCAUGUAUAAUUGAGGUGAGUGCCCCAUAUUUUGUAUAUUUACUAUUUUACCAUUGUCGGGAGUUGUUGUCUCUGCUCACCAUCGGAGAUGGGUUCCCUUUUAUCAGACCUUGGUCUCUCUAGAUUUUUCUUUAGGGCAUUGCCACAGAUUUUUGCACAUACCCACUGUUCUGAAAGGAACAGAGAAAAUAGCUGGCUUGGUUAGAACUUAGAAACUAAUGGCUAGCCUAUGCUAGAAGUUAUUUUGGAAUAGUUACUAAAAUAAAUUAAAAUAACCAGGAAUUGAUAUGUUCACAGGAAAACCUGGCAUUUUCUGAUUUAACUUUGGCAUACAGACAAUUACAGGUGCCCUUCAGCUGUCAUGGUGAAAUCUGUGUGAUGGUGAUCUUUCUGGAUUUUAAUGAACAUAAAGCCACUGCAGCUCUUCAGCAUCUUGUGGCAUUUUGCAUUCAUGUCCUUGCCAGGCAGAUGGUGGAGUUGAGGGUUGUGGAGAUUGGCCUAGCUCUGGAAUGAGGUGUGCGAAUUGCCUGGGGAAAUUUCCUGCUCCCAUUUAUUCAUAUGUGCAGAUGAGAAGGAAGGGCAUCUCCAGACUUCCACAUUGAAAUACCUAAAUCCAGCACCUGGAUUCAUUUAAGCAUAAUAGGUCUCUCUCCCUGCCUCUCAUCACAUAACCAGCAACAAAAUACUUGCAUUGUAUUUAUGAUUUAAUAGUACACUCCAUUUUCUGCUGCAAUAGGAGUUUGAGUAAUGUAACAAGAAACUCCUGUUGCAUUACUUUUUAAAGAAACUAAUUUCUGUAAAGGUGGAAGAGCAGCAAUAGAGGGAAUAGGUCCAGACUCUAUCUGUAAAUACCUGUGCUGUGCAUGCUAUGCCUGAGAGCACCAGGAGCAAGUUAUGCCUUUUUGUAAUAACAAGUUGAGAAGGACAAAAGGGAUAAUUGCCUCUAAGCACAUUUUCUGUAGCUGGAGGAUAUUUAUAUCAUUGAAUUUUAAAUAUCUAGAGUAGAUAGUAAAGUUAGGACACUAUUCUCCUAGGGUCUGUCACUGAGUAGAUAGGUUCUUCCGCAGGGUAAUUCAGAUCAGAUUAGUCUUCAAUUGAGGCCUUGAAUUGACCUUUGGAAAAGAAGAGGUCUUUGUAGACCCAGUAAAAUUUCUGUUGGAAGCUAGCAUGAGUGGAUUCAGAGUAAGAGGUUGCUUACACCUUGGUGCUCUGUAUUAUCUCUCCCCUGGCUUGACUUGCUUCCACUGAAGGCCACCACUUGCUUUGCUCUGUUAGAUGAACUGGAUAUGAUUGCUCCCUACAAAAUAUCUUAGUUAAAAUCAGAAAACUGCUUGUUUUCUAGUACUUGUCCUUUUGGUUGUUUGGGGUUUUUUUACCCUCUCAAUUUGGCUAUUAAAGCAAGCAGAAGGAAGGGGGCAUUUAGCUUCAAUUAAAAGAAUAACAAGCAGCAGGUGGGAGCAUGUUGGUCAUGCAAAUGCUUUAAUUCAAAUUAGCAUAAAUGAGGAUAGCCGCUCUUGAUUGUGAUCCAAAGCUUCUUAAUUUGUACGUAGCUCAUCUCAGUAUUGUGCCACAAAAAUGUCCAAAGUGAGCUUGUUUAUUUGCACCUCAUUAUGGUGGUUGAAGCCCUAAAGUAUAAAAUGCUACUUUUAUACAUAUGUGAACAUAUGAGAACUUUCAGGUCCUAACUGGCUUCAAUAAAUUCCUAAAAAAAAAGAUUCUUCCUUCCAAACAAACAUUGGAAGUUUUAGAUUAGAAAGGCUAGUAAGAGCAUAUUUAAAGUAUAGUGAAGGCAGUGGUUAGCAAAUCUAAGCUGGAAGGAGGGGCAGCAGUCCUUGGAUGUGUUUUUCAGGACUGUUUUCCUGGUCUUAAGCUGCAUUGGCCCAUGAAGCUAACAUCUACUCCUUUGCAGUCCUCAAUAUAGUCAGUAUUCCAAGAGCUCUUUCUGUAUGUGCAGUCUUAGAUCCCAAAUCUGUUUUCUGUGUUCCUAUGAAGUAAAUAGCUGUGCCACUUUUAGUUUUGUCUUCCUCUUAGUAUACUAGCGGUGUUUAUCUUAACAUCUAUAUUUAUUUUAAUAUUCCUCUCUGAGACUCAUGUUUUUCUGUUAUACUUAGGCAAGUACUUGAUUACAUUUCAAAAUGAGGUUUCUCCUCUGGUAUGUGUUCUGCUUGACCAAGAGUAAGUGGAAGAUAAUGUUAUUAGUGUGUUUCUUCUUUUUAGAUGUGGCUACUGUAUCUUUUUUCUUUCUGUGUGUAAACCCAAAAGUGUCUGUGUUUGCACACACAGCUCUGGCAUGGAUCCCUGGCUCCUCCUCAUUUGACUGAUGCUUUUGGGGUAUGAAUUAUGGUUUGACUUGAAUGCACACAUAGACGCAAAACAGAGAUGUUAGCCCUGUAUUCAUGAAGGAUUUCAUUUAUUAUGGAGAAAUCAUCUAAUGCCUUAUAUUGUUAAUUCAAAGAUAAAAUAUUCUUAUCUUUAAAAGUUAACCAAUGAUUUAUAUUUUGGAAAUUAGGCCUGUUUUCUUCUGCUGUGUUGGAUCAUUUAAAAUAUCAUAAUACUGUGUUGUGCAGUUUACUCCAUUACUGCUGGUAUAAAGAAAUUGAAAUUAAUGUUCUCCCUGAGUUGUCAGUGUCUGCUAAUUCAGAGAUGACAGAAAAGUAUUAAAAUAUAUUCAACCUAUAAUAUUUAUCUUGCUUUGCACUUAAUUUGUUUCCCUUUGACUGGGUUGCAAAAUUCCAAGUGUACAUAAAAUAAUGAAUAAAUAAAAAAUAAAUUAUUUGUCUACA